AUGCCAGUAUUUGUUCAAUCCCUGGCAUAUUGGCCUUGUUCGCGUGACAAUGUCAGAUAUAACGAGACCAGUGGAGACAUUCAGCCACACAAUCUAGUGCUAGCUGCUUUCACAUGCCUGCUUGUGGUGGUCCCGGUUGCAUCUGUUGCGAUGGCUGUAAGAAGGAGGGAAAAUGCACCUGCAAGCCGAAAUCGUGUGAAUGCAAGCAAUGCCCCUGUGGAUGCAAUUGUUGUCGCAGCGAGUGUCAUUGAAUUGUGCACCUCUUGUCUGUAG